UCGAGAUGAAAAUCUUAGUAGUUUUUAUCUUAAACUACGUCACCACUUCAUCCUGGUGCCAAGAUGAGACAGUGUUCCACUGCUCUCCCAAGCCUGGUUGCCAGAUCGCACAAUGUGAUCCUGUUGCUGUAGGAUGGGACAGGCCAGGCUUCAACAUUGAUGAACAUCUGCAUGACAAAGAGUUUCCGAUUACAUGCAAACCUAAGAGUGCGAAAAAUUUGCAGAAUACUGUCAACUUGUUUUCAUUAGUGACCAGAAAUACUUUGGACAUUGGACAUAUCAAAUCAGAUUUAAGAGAUCUAGCAGAGAACGUCAAUGAUAAAAUAAAAAACACUGAUGUUUCUGAGGAAGAGGAAAGUGACAUCAAAAUCAAAGAACAAUCUAAAGAAAUUAACAAUCUCCGAGAGAAAGAUAGACGGCAGUCUGAGGAAAUAAAGAAAUUGAAGGAAGAAAGUGACAGCAAAUUUAAAGAACAAUCUAAAGAAAUUAACAAUCUUCGAGAGAAAGAUAGACGACAGUCUGAGGCAAUAGAGGAAUUGAAGGAAGAUUUGACCAAAGUUCUAGAAAUGAAUAUUAAUGUGGUAGAAGACAACAAAAAGAUGAAGAAAGCAAUAUCCCGGAUUGAGCAAAAACUUUCCGUUACGGAAAAUCCUCAGCAACUGCGAACUAGGUCCGGACAAACGGCCAUACCAACAACAAAGAGCCAAACAACCUUGAAACCAACCCCACCUCCAGAAAACUGCAAAUUGAAAAUCGGGAAUAUCUGUUAUUUCGCUGUGAUAUAUGAUGAAUGGAAUGUCACCUACGACGAAGCAGUUAAUAUUUGUAAGAAACGUAACGCAGAUCUUGGGUUGAUUCGAGAUGAAGUAUCUUACAAUGCGACCAUAAAUUACUUGGGAAGAAAUAUCCCAAAAGGAGUGAUGUUGAUCCAUAUAUGGACAGGGAUCCAGUUUGAUCCAAUCACUCGUGACGUCGAACCUGCAGAUUCAUUUAUUGAAUGGAGUCAAAAUAUAUUUGUCGCAAAAUUUCCACUUACGGGAGCCAAGUAUAAGGAUUACAGAAAUAUUUUAUUUCUUGUUCAUUCCAACCUGAAUUCUCGUUUGGAUGGGAUGGCGAAUGGUUAUCCUGCUGGUAAGAGUCACGGAGUUAUUUGUGAGAUCCUGAUCUGAUGAAACGUCUGCUUGGUUGUAAAAUAUAAAUCAAUCGUUGCCUAAUCAG